UCACUACUGUUACAUUCAUAAUCAAUGGGACCGUAAGCUUUGUUUUCUUGUAUAAAUUCUAACGGUCGGUUACAACCAAAAAAUGUUGAAUUUCGCCAUGUGACAAAUAAGAAACGUUAACCAACCUUAUCGCUAAGAUGCCAAUAAAUAUCGAACCAUUUGCCACCCCAAUUAUUGCAAUUCACUCUCCUUCUCAUCCAUCCUCCCACUCAGGUGAUAUCUGACGGAUCUUAACGGCCAAGAUGUCUUGGGACGACGGAAAGCACACCAAGGUGAAGAAAAUUCAGCUUACUUUUGAUGACGUCAUUAGAUCCAUCGAGGUGGAAUACGAGGGAACCAACCUUAAGUCCCAGCGUCGUGGCACUGUCGGCACCAAAUCAGACGGAUUCACACUGAGCACGGACGAGUACAUAACAAGUGUGUCUGGUUACUACAAAACCACUUUUUCGGGAGACCAUAUAACGGCGCUAACGUUUAAGACGAACAAGAAGACAUAUGGACCUUACGGAAACAAAACUCAGAACUACUUUUCCGCUGACGCGCCCAAAGAUAGCCAAAUAGCCGGGUUUCUAGGAACCAGCGGCAAUGCUCUCAGCUCCCUCGACGUUCACUUUGCUCCCAUUCCUACCCCUGGCGGCGGUGGUUCAAAACCCGGUGGUUCUGGAAAUGAAUCUGGUGGCGGCGGCGGUGGUUCAAAACCUGGUGGUUCUGGAAAUGAAUCUGGUGGCGGCGGCGGUGGUUCAAAACCUGGUGGUUCUGGAAAUGAAUCUGGUGGCGGCGGCGGUGGUUCAAAACCUGGUGGUUCUGGAAAUGAAUCUGGUGGUGGCGGCGGUGGUUCUGGAAAUGAAACCGGUAAAGAUGGACCAGGAAAGGUGGGACCGCUUGGUGGUGAAAAGGGAAAUGUAUUCGAAGAUGUUGGUUUCGAAGGUGUGAAGAAAAUAACCGUCGGAGCAGAUCAGUACAGUGUAACAUACAUCAAGAUCGAGUACAUAAAAGAUGGACAAGUUGUUGUCCGUGAGCAUGGGACAGUUCGUGGGGAACUCAAAGAGUUUUCAGUGGACUAUCCGAACGAUAAUAUCACGGCCGUUGGUGGAACCUACAAACAUGUUUACACCUAUGAUACGACUCUCAUCACAUCGCUUUACUUCACAACCUCCAAAGGUUUCACCUCUCCAUUAUUCGGUAUCGACAGUGAAAAGAAGGGAACAGAAUUCGAGUUCAAAGGUGAAAAUGGAGGAAAGCUUCUUGGGUUCCAUGGACGUGGAGGUAAUGCUAUUGAUGCAAUUGGAGCUUACUUCGACACCGGUUCACAAGGAGGUAAGGGCGGCGGCGGUUCACAAACUGAUGUCCCCGGGAAGAAGGGACCUCUUGGUGGUGAAAAAGGAGAAGAAUUCAACGAUGUUGGUUUCGAAGGUGUGAAGAAAAUUACCGUUGGAGCCGAUCAAUACAGUGUAACUUACAUCAAGAUCGAAUACGUGAAAGAUGGAAAAGUCGAAAUCCGUGAGCACGGGACAAGUCGUGGGGAACUACAAGAGUUUUCAGUGGACUAUCCAAACGAUAGUAUCACGGAAGUUGGUGGAACCUACAAACAUAACUACCCCUAUGAUACGACGCUUAUCACAUCGCUUUACUUCACAACCUCCAAAGGUUUUACCUCUCCAUUAUUCGGUAUCAACAGUGAGAAGAAGGGAACAGAAUUCGAGUUCAAAGAUGAAAAUGGAGGGAAGCUUAUUGGUUUGCAUGGACGUGGUGGUAAUGCUAUUGAUGCCAUUGGAGCUUACUUUGACACCGGUUCACAAGGUGGUGACGGAGGCGACGUCCCUAGCAAAGACGGUCCUAAAACUGAUGUCCCCGGGAAGAAGGGACCUCUUGGUGGUGACAAGGGAGAACCAUUCGACGAUGUUGGUUUCGAAGGUGUGAAGAAAAUAACCGUCGGAGCAGAUAACUUGAGCAUAACUUAUAUCAAGAUCGAAUACGUAAAAGAUGGAAAAGUUGAAGUCCGUGAGCACGGAACGGCUCGUGGGAAACUAAAAGAGUUUUCAGUGGACUAUCCAAACGAUAGUAUCACGGAAGUUGGUGGAACCUACAAACAUAACUACACAUAUGAUACGACGCUUAUCACAUCGCUUUACUUCACAACCUCCAAAGGUUUUACCUCUCCAUUGUUUGGUAUCGACAGUGAAAAGAAGGGAACAGAAUUCGAGUUCAAAGAUGAAAAUGGAGGAAAACUUAUUGGGUUUCAUGGACGUGGUGGAAAUGCUAUUGAUGCUAUUGGAGCUUACUUUGACACUGGUUCUAAACCUGGUGGCACUGGCGACAGUGGAAGUGGUUCCAACAGCGGUUCUAGUCCUCAAAAACUUGACGCACAAGGAGGCAAGGGAGGCAACCAAUGGGACGACAGUGGUGAUCACGAUGGUGUGACGAAGAUACAUGUAGCAUUUAGUCGAGUGAUUGAGCAAAUCAAGUUUGAGUAUGUCAAGAACGGAGAGACAAAGGAAGGACCUGCCCAUGGUGUGAAAGGAGGAGCUAGAACUAUGACUGGAACGUUUGAGAUAAGUCAUCCCAACGAGUAUCUCCUGUCCGUGAAAGGUUGGUCCGAUUCAUCCAACAAGAUUGUCGGGAUUCAGUUCACAACCAACACAAAGACUUCAGAUUAUUACGGGUUUGAAAAAUAUCCUGGAGAUGAAGGUACAGAUAUUUUACUUGAAGUGAAAGACAAGAAGAUUGUCGGCUUCCAUGGCUUCGCCGACACUCAACUCAACUCUGUUGGAGCUUACUUCGCUCCCAUCGCCUCAACUCCAUUGAAACCUAGCAAGAAGCUACAAGCAGUAGGUGGUGAUGAAGGAGCUUCAUGGGAUGAUGGUGCUUUCGACGGCGUUAAGAAAAUACAAGUAGGGCAGAACAAUGAUGGUGUGUCUUUCGUGGCGGUCGAGUACCAGAAUGGCUCUCAGAAAGUUGUUGGUGAUGGUCAUGGCAAACAAUCACCGCUUGGAGUUGAAACGUUUGAGCUUACGGAUGGUGAGUACAUUACGUCCGUGGGAGUCUACUAUGACAAAAUCCAUGCAGAGGGACGUGGUGUGACAGUGGUGACGAGUUUAAUAUUCAAGACUAAUAAGCAGAUAUCUCAACCAUUUGGAAUGACUGGCGGAGAAUAUGUUGAGCUUAAGGAAGAAGGUAACAAGAUCGUUGGGUUCCAUGGAAAAGCUAGCGAUUGGGUUCAUCAAAUUGGAGUCUAUGUUGCACCAGUCACCAUAUGAAAAGAUUAUUGUGGGUUGCUUCUUUGAUUUUCAAUGAAUAAAGUUAUGUCAGAGACCUACUUGUUGUGGAUGAGGUCUCUUGAUGGACUAUGUUUUCUGUUUGUGCUUGAGUGUUAUGUUUGUGGUUAAGUGUUUGUGGAUUUUAAUAAAAGGAGGUUUGUGUUAAGUAGAA